AGUCGUUGACAAAACAAAAAAAAAAAACUCCUCAAACAGUCAAAAUAUGCUCUAGACCAUCCAUUUCCCCGUUAAAAACUCCAUAUAAAUCUCUAUCCCUCCUUGCCAACCAAAAUCUUGAAGCACAUCCUUCUCAUCUUUCUUAUUCAUAGCCAUCACAGCUCCAACAAACAAAAACUCACUAAACAAAAAAAACUAACAAGAGUUUUUCAUUAUUCUAUAACUUUCUUGUUUUAAAAUCAAGAAUUUGACUUCUGUGACAAAUAUUUGAACAAAGAGAUGAGGAACGAAACGGGUGGUACCAUGGUCGUCGAUCUCCAAACCGAUUCAUUCAACAACAAUCACAAUCGCCACGACCUUGGCGAUAAUGGUCACAAACCGAGGUCUAAAUUUGGUGAUAUAUUGAAAGCUGACCACGACGGAAUAUUCUCUCCUGAAGAUCCCAUCAUUGUCAACACCAACUUAACUCACCCCCGGUUUAGCAACGUCUCAGCCUCGACCAUGAGCAGUAUUGGUCCGGCCAGCGGAGAAGGUUCUCCUUGCGUAAUGUCUCCUUGGGCUCGUAUGUCGACCCCUUGGCCCGCAGAUUUUAAUGAAGACAAUGCCCUCGAGACCAACGGUCUCAUUGGCUCUAUUGUACGUGAAGAAGGGCAUAUAUACUCGCUAGCCGCUUCUGGUGACCUUCUCUAUACCGGCUCGGACUCCAAGAACAUUAGGGUUUGGAAGAAUUUGAAGGAUUACACCGGGUUUAAAGCAAGCAGUGGUCUCAUUAAGGCUAUUGUGAUAUCUGUAGACCGGAUCUUUACCGGCCACCAGGACGGUAAGAUCCGGGUCUGGAAGGUUUCCAAGAAAAAACCGGGAAAGUACAAAAGGGUUGGAACAUUGCCGACGCUUAAAUCGAUGGUCAAGAGCUCCAUAAACCCUAAGCAUUUCAAUAGAAACUCCGUGAAAAAGAAGCAUAAGGACGCAGUUUCGAGUCUUAGCAUGGACGUGGAGCUCGGUUUGUUGUACUCGAGUUCUUGGGAUAGGACGAUCAAAGUGUGGAGAGUCUCAGAUUCGAAGUGUUUGGAAUCGAUACAAGCGCAUGAUGACGCGAUAAACUCGGUGAUGUAUGGCUUUGAUGACUUGGUGUUCACGGGAUCUGCGGAUGGUACGGUUAAAGUGUGGAAACGUGAGAUGCAAGUUAAAGGAACUAGGCACAUUUUGGUUCAAGUUUUGCUCAAGCAAGAACACGCGGUAACCGCAUUGGCCGUAAUAUCGAAGUCUUCAAUGGUAUAUUCCGGUUCUUCGGACGGGGUGGUGAACUAUUGGGAGCGUUCCACGCGUGUAUUCGUCGGCGGAGUACUCAAAGGGCAUAAGUCCGCCGUGCUAUGUCUCACUGUAGCGGGGAACAUGUUAUUGAGUGGUUCAGCCGACAAGAACAUAUGUGUCUGGAGGAGGGAGCCGUCUGAUGGAUCUCAUCACUGUCUGACUGUUUUGACGGGUCACAUGGGACCAGUCAAGUGUCUAGCUGUGGAGGAGGAACAAGCUUGCCGCGGUAAAGAAGCAGAAGUCUGUAUGGUCAAUGAAGGUGACCGGAAGUGGAUUAUAUACAGCGGAAGUUUGGACAAAUCUGUUAAAGUGUGGCGCGUGACAGAGAGGAUGGCGACUUGGAGGGAGAUGGACGAGCCAGCAGCAUCUUCUGGCUGGGAGAGCUCUUCGUCUAUGCGUGAAGGGAGUGGCGCGUGGAGUAUAGGAGAUUUGGAAUAAUAAAAUGACAAGGAGUGGGUCGGAGCAUAGUUUGGCUAUUCACGUAAAUGUCACGUUGUUGAUCUGUCACGAUGACCGUCUUCGAAUAAAAAUACUCGAAUUAUUGUUUUUAAUUCUAAGACCAUAUCACGAAGGGGUUUGUGGCAAGUCAGCUGGUGAGUGAGUCAA